CUACAGCGCAUUGAGGCAAAACAUAUUUCCCCCUAUCCUGAAUACUCACAGGAAGAUGACGACCCACUAAAGGGAAUACAUUUUGUUGUGUCCUCUCCUCUGACAGUUCAGGGGAGAUCGUUCUCUCUUAUACUUUUUACAGGUUCGUCCCUUCGAGACCUAACGGAACGGAUAGUACCUCUUGGCACCUACUACACUGCUAUCUCAUCUUUUGUAGAGAGCCGCAGCCACCUCGAUUUUGGGCUUGUCAAUCAUGCGCUCUACGCUGCCAUCUGGGACAUGCUCAAGGUCAAAUUCCCCCAUCGCUCAGGUGUCGUUUUACUUACCCCUUGA